AUGUCAAUGGAUGAUAAUAAUUAUUUAACCACUUAUGAAGCGGCACUUGCAGUGGUAGCAACAGCUAUGAAAAAGGCUCGGUUAAGAAUAGAUGUUUUAAUACUAAAUUCUAUACUAGGCGGAAUGUUUUUCGCUACUGGUGGAAUGCUUCAUCUUUUAGUACAAGCAGGAUUUCCUGAUUCACUACAGAAGAAUCCUGGUGUAGUCUCAAUUCUAACGGGGUUUUGUUAUCCAAUUGGUUUAUUUUAUGUUGUUAUUCUAGGUGUAGAUUUGUUCAAUUCAAACAUAUUAUUUUUCAGCACUGGUAUUUGUCGAAGAGCCGUAUCUAUUUGGGAUUUACUAAUUAGCUGGAUAGUUAGUUGGUGGUUCAAUUUAGUUGGAAACAUCUUUGUUUGUUAUGUGAUUUGUACAUAUUCUGGAAUUACAGAAGAACAACAAAUGAUAACUGCAAGUAUAGAAUUACUUGAGAAAAAAGUUCUGUUUUCAUUUAUUCAAUCAUUUAUCAAAGGUAUAGCGGGAAAUUUUUACGUUUGUUUAGCCAUUUUCUUACAAUUGAUGGCUAAACCAUUGCAUGUCAAAUUUUUAAUGAUGACUUUACCUGUUUUCACUUUUGUGUCCUUUGGGUUUACCCAUUCAGUGGCAGAUAUGUUUGUGAUUGUUAUUGGAUUAAUUAAUGGUGCUCCUGUUAAAGUGGCCACAGUUGCUUGGAAAUUAUUUCUCCCUGCAGCCCUUGGAAACAUGGUUGGAGGAUCCUUUUUCGGUAUUGUUAUAACUUGGUACUUGCAUAUAUUUGUUGUUGAACAAGAUAGAAAGAAAUUAGAAUUACCAGAAUACGAAUUAAGAGAUGAACAACCAGAAUUGAAUCAAGAUUCAAGAGUUGUUAGACAAAAGAAAUCAAAAUUUGAUGAAGAUGUCACUAAACUGGAUGAAAGUACUGGAGAUUCUGAAGACACACAACAAGAAGAUGAUAUGGAUCCAAUUCCUAUUUAUGAUGAAGUCAGUAUACCACUGGCCAUUACUCAAUUAAGACCAACGGUAACUCGAUCAAGAACUAGAUCCAGUACAGCCACAACAAAAACAACUAGGAGUCCUAAGAAUGUUUUCCCAGUUUAUGGAAUGGGUGCUCCUUUACAACGUGAACGAACAAUUGCAGGUCAAUUAGAAAAACCGAAAAGUAGAGCCUCGAGUGAUGGUUAUCCUUUUGCUAAUGAUGAUAAUGAUGCUGAACCAGAAGCAGAAUAUAUUGGAUCUCAACUAAAAAGAGUAUUUACUCAAAAAUCACGAGUCCUGGAUUUGGAAUCCGGUAAUAAUAGUCCUAGAAUACUAACACCAAGAUCAUCAUUCACGAGAAGAAAAUCCUCUCAAUCCGAUAGAUCAUCUUUGAGACUAAGUGCCGAAAACUCCCACCAGGAGAAAGACCUUGGAGAUGCCACUAAUUCAUCCAAGGAAAAUUUAGAUCGAAUACUGGAAUAG